AGACUUGGGCCUCCUUUGAAAGGAGAAGGUCUUCCCUCUUAAUAAGAAAAGAAAAUUUCUAUUUUUCUUCAUUCAUGUUUUUUUGGUCUACCUUUUCUAAGUCUUCUCCUUCCAUUAACAUUUACCAAUAAUAUCACACAUCUCCACCUCCCAAAUCCAUAACCAUAUAUAUAUAUAUAUAUAUUUUGUAUCUUCUCAAAACCCUUCAAACCCUCACACGCUUUAUUGAUAACACCGCCAGAGAAUGUCCCCUCACUCCUCCCCUUUUCCCUCUUGCUUCCGCCCCUCCACCGCCACUGCCCGGCCCCACAAGCACCUUCCUCCGCCUUCGACUUCGCCGCCACCAACAACUUCCGGCAACCCUAACCUCACCACAUGCCUCUACCAAACAGAACUUGGCCUGUUUUCUCUUACUUGGUCUCGCACUUUCUUUGGCCAUUCUCUUCACCUCCAUCUCCACCCUAUUGACAGCGCCACAUGCUCCCCUUAUUCUCUUUCUCAUACACCUUCUCUCUCUACCCUAUCUUUCCAUCUCGACAUCAAACCUUACAUUUUUUGGAAAAAACAUGGAUCCAAGAAACUGCAAAUUAUCAAUCAUCAAGACUAUCACACUUCCACUGCUAGCACACCAGCAAUCCAAAUCUUUUGGGAUCUUUCUAGGGCGAAGUUUGGAUCCGGACCUGAACCUCAAUCCGGUUUCUACAUCGCGGUUGUUGUUGAAAGAGAAAUAGUCCUUCUUGUCGGCGAUUCGACCAAACAAGCUUUUGCAAAGACUAGAGCAAGAAAGCAAGAAAGAAACCAAGUUCUUGUUUUGAGAAGAGAGCAUGUUUACGGAAACAGGGUGUUCACUACGAAGGCAAGAUUUGGAGGCAAAAAUAGAGAUAUAUCUAUAGAUUGCACAGUGAAUGGUGAUGCGAGAUUGAGCUUUAGCGUUGAUAACAAAAGGGUUUUGCAUAUAAAGCAAUUGAAGUGGAAAUUUAGAGGAAAUGAGAAGAUUGAAGUUGAUGGUGUGCCUAUACAGGUGUCUUGGGAUGUCUAUAACUGGUUGUUUGAAGACAUAAACAAUGGCCAUGCAGUGUUCAUGUUCAGGUUCGAAAGUACAGAUAUAGAAGAUGACCAAGAACAAGAACAAGAGGAAGAAUGUGCCGGCGUUCAAGAUGAGAAAAACGGCGUCGUCCCGUGGCAACAAGUUUCUUUUAAUAAUUUUGGGAUGAGUGGGAUCGAAUGGAGAAGGAUGAGGAGGAGCUUGAUGAGGACAGGCAGAAGCUCAUCUUCAUCGUCCAUUUCGAUGUCGUCGGCGUCUUCCGGCGGUGGGUCUUCGUCUAUAAUGGAAUGGGCUAGCACGGAGGAGAAUGAGCUUAGUGCCCCUAAUGGCUUCUCCCUUCUAGUCUAUGCUUGGAGGAAAUGAAAAUCAAAGAUAUGGUUUCGCUUAAUUCUUUUGGGUAAUUGAUGUUAAUUAUGUUUCACUUUAUUUUUGUUUUUUCCUUUCACUAUUCUUGUGAUUUGUGACUAACCCAUUUGUUGAUGAACAUAGUAAUAUAGAUAGAUAGAUUUACCAAUUUCUUCUUUUCCAUUGAGAGGAAAAAAAAAGGAAGACUCAACUAUUGUUCCUCAUAUUAUCAAAAUUAUGUAAUCGUAAUAGACCAUUUAUUAGUUGACAUUUUUUUACAUUUUUUAUAAUGUGCUUGGUGUAAUCAAGAUUGAUGAAUUAAAUAAAGCACUAGCUAUUCUUUACUCGAA